GGAACAUAUAUGUAAUUUGCGAAUAAUUGAGGUGUACAAGCGUAAAUCAAUCAUGUUUAAAAUGGAAUCUGCAAAUUCGUCCCCUCCGUUUUCUCUUUCUAUCCCUGUAUUCCCUUUCUUGUCUGGGUUUCUCGCUCAUCAUUUCUCUGCAGUUAUUAUCUCUCUCAUUAAUUCCUUUUAUUAAGCUUUUCCCCCUCUUCUCUGUUUAUUGAAAAGUAUUUGUUACAUAUUAUUCAGACUGUGGAAUAGCUUUAAUGGCCGGUUUUCUAUCAGGUUGUGUUUGUGAGUUUCCAUGUCACUUGGUGAUCUAUUUGCCUUAGUGCCAAGCCGCCAAUCCAUACAGGCUGGGAAGGAAGCUCCAGAAGUUAUCACUAUCUUCUGUUUAAUUCCAGAGAUCAUACUGAAUUGGUGAUUAGGGUGCCUGUGUGCUAAAGAGAGAUGGAAGGAAGCCCACCUCGACCAAGAUGGAGAAAGGUUGCAUAUGGAGGAAUGCAACCUGGGUACGAUGACAAUUACACUGACGAAUCCUUCCUUGAAGCCAUGGUCAUGAACUCCAAUGUUGUAAAGAGAGACUUGUUAAAAGUGAUGAGGGAUUCAGUUUCCAUCUCGCAAUACCUCUGUGUAGUGGCUCUGGUAGUUUGUGUUUGGACCUACACCUUGGGAUCCAUUAUUGAUGAGAAAUUGCUUCUCUCUCUAGAUGCUGUUUUAUUAGGUUUGGGCUUCUUGGUACUUCUCUUAACUGAAAGAAGGCUUUCACUUCCUCUGCUCUCCAAAUAUUUCCUCAAUAUCGGGUUCUUUAUAUGUGGGUUAUACGUCUUGGCUCCUCUCUUUCAUACUCUUACUAGGUCCAUCAGUUCAGAUUCUAUUUGGGCACUCACUGUUUCUCUACUCAUAGUUCACCUCUUUCUCCAUGAUUACUCUGGUUCCAUCAUUAGGCCUCCUGGGGCUCCAAACAACCCCACUUUGACCAGCAACAUCUCUUUAAAUGCAUCUAUUGUGGCCUCGGUCCUUAUUGCUUCCCGCCUCCCAUCCAGGCUUCACGUUUUUGCCAUCAUGCUCUUCUCCCUACAGGUAUUCAUUUUUGGGCCACUGGUCAUUCAUUGCUUGAAGCAGUACUCUGUGAAAGCUCAUCUCUGGUUUUCUUUCACCUUGACGUGCUCAACCCUCGCGAUUAUCUUUCCAAUAAACCGAUUGGUGUUUGUCAUCUUUCUUGGUCUUCUUCUUUUUGUUACAGUGGUCUGCCCAUAUUGGCUCAUUAGGAUGCAGGAAUAUAAGUUUGAGAUUGAGGGGCCAUGGGAUGAGGCUAAGCUUUGCUUUGAUAUUACAGAGUGAGCAACCCUGCUUUAUACAUACCUUGAAUGCUUUCUGUAUAGCCUCAUUGGGUCCUAAUUAUUUCUAUUCUUUCUCUUCCUAACAU